AUGGCUGCCCAAAGCAUUCCUGACAACAAUGACCGGGAUGCUAAGAACGUGGGAUCAAUGCCCGUGCUGCCGCUGGGCUUCCGCUUCUUCCCUUCUGAUGAAGAGAUCUUCUGCAACUACCUGGUGAACAAGGACGACCACCUGAACCCUGACCCGGCCAACCGAUUUUAUCACAAUGUGAUCAGGGAGCUCGACGUGUAUGGCUACAGCCCGUCGGAGCUAUUGGAGAAUCCCUACUUCGAGAACGGCUCUGGGGAGGCGACCAGGCACUGGUACUUCUACACAGCAACUCGUGGGCCAGCCGAUAGCCAGAGAAGGAUGAGGGCCAUGAACUGCGGAUUCUGGCUGAUGUGGGGCAGGGGCAACGAUGCUGUCUUGGGUGCUGGUGGUGAAGGUCUGGGUACCAAGAGCUGCCUUGUUUUCUUCAUGGGGACUUCAGUUCACAAUGCUGUUAGGACUGAUUGGACGAUGCAUGAAUUUGCCCUGCCUGAUCAUGCCCAGGCUUCUUUCAUGCUCUAUCGACUUUCUGCGAAGCCUUGGACCGGGAAUAGCUCAUUGAGUGCUCGCAAUGAUGGAGUGCUCACAUAUGAAGCUGCUCCAGGAGGCAAUCAUGAGGAUGUUGUGGUUAGCGAGAUACAUUACCAUGUUCCAGAAGGGCAAAUUCCUGCUCCUGUUCGUCUGAACCAGACCAUCUAUCUGAAUAGUAGGGUAAACGAUCAUCAUAGGGACUCGACGGUGCUGGGAACUUCGGAGCUGACUUUGCUGCACCGCCUCACCGCCGGCAACAGGUGCUCCAAGGGUAGACUAUAUAGAUCUGGAUGA